AUGCUAAAGUAUUUAUAUUUAUUAGACAACUGCUGGCUUUACAAAAGAUAAGACUAGAAACUACAUCAAACAAAUUAAGAAACUAAAAUAGUCUAUCAAAAAGUGAUUUUGUAAUCUCAGAUGAUUGAGAAAGAAAUGAACCUAAAUUGCAAUUAGAAACACUAGUAAAGAAUAGAGAAAGUCAGUUUAGAUCCAAAGUUGAAUCAAAGUGAUAAAUUAUUAUGUUAUUAAUGUUUAUUGAACCCAAAGUUGGAUGAUAAAUAAAUAAAUUUUAAUGCUACUGUUUAAGUAAUAUAAGAUAAAUAAUAAUUUAAAAAGGAGCAAUUAGAAAAUAUAUUGAAUACUAAUUUAGGAUAAAUAGAAUAAAUUUAAAGAGAUAUUUGUAUUUUUAAAAGUAAAUUAAUUAAAUAGUGUGAUAAAAUAGUUUAGUUUACAAAUGAAUGGAUUUCAAAUAUCAAAUAAUUGGGUUAUUAAAAUGUUAAAUAUAGUAUAUUUAAUGAAAUUGAUAAUUUAAUUAGAAAUGACAAGACAAUAUUUGAAAAUCAACAAAAGUUAUUUUAAUAAAUUAAUUAACUCAAUUAAUAAUAUGUUGAUAAUGUUAUCAAUUAAAUAUAAAAUUUAGAAUUCAAAGAAUUGUUAAUUAAGAAUUUUGAGAAUUUGAAACUAAAUUUAGUUAAUAUUAAUUAAGAAUUAGAUAAAUAAAUUCUCUUACUCUAAGAAUAAAAGAAGACUGAGGAAAGUUAUUUAAUAUAAAUAGAUAAUAUUGAUAAAUAGUUAAACCUACUACCAUCUUCUGGAAUUGUUAAGUUAGUACCAAUUUAAACUUUAAACCUCUCCUAAUAAUUGCGUAGGCCAGCUACAUUUAAUAAAGAUAGAAGUCUAUUUAUAUCAUCUGAUUUUUUAAAUUAUAUUACUAUUUGGCAUUUUGAGAAUGGAAAGCAAGAUCAUUCAACAACAUUUGAGGUUGGUAAGGCUCCUAGAAGUAUUAUAUGUAGUCGACAAUUUAAUCACAUAUUUACAGGUAUGAAUGGUGGAGGGAUAUAUUUGUGGAUAUAAAUUAAUGAUAAGGAGUGGAGAAGAUCAUAAUUAUAUUAGAAACAUGAGCAUUGGAUAAAUGAUAUGAUUUUAAAUUAAGCUGAAGAUUAAUUAUUUACUGGUGGUGAAGAUCCUUAUAUAAAUGUAUGGAGUGUUGAUUAUUUAAAUAAUGAAUUGACUUUUCUUUAUAAUUUAGAUUCAAAAACUAUUACCAUUUUUUCAUUUAGUUUAAAUGAUUCAGAAAAUCUAUUAAUAUCUUGUAGUGUUUGUGAAUACAUAAUAUGGGAAAAGCAAUAAUCAAAUGAAUGGAAAUAUUUAUGUAAUUAAACGACGAAACCAUAUUUCUAAGCAAAGUUUUUGAAAAAUAAUGUUUUUUGUGUAUUGCCCAUUAAUUAACAAAUAAGUUGUCUUUUUAUUUAUGAAAUUAAAAAAGGAGUACUUAAGUAAAUUGAAACCAAAACUAUAGAAUUUAUAAAUGAUAAUGAUUGGGAGGAAAAAAUGAAUUUCCCUAUUUUAUAUAAUAAAUUGAAAAAUAUUCUUGUUGUUAGAUCAAAAAGGUUUAUUUAUUUUAUAAGAUAAUCUUAAAAUGAUUGUUUUGAAAUUGUUGAUAAAAUUAUUUGUUAAAAAGAUGUAAGUAAUGGAAUUCUAUCGGAUGAUGGAAAAUUUUUGAUUUUCUUUGAUAUGCCAACAUUGAGUCAAUUUACUUAUGAGUUAUUAUAUGAAUGA